GCUCACGAAGCUCCAAAACAUCGACCUCACGUCCAAUUGUCACUUCACUGGAACGCACAAUCGACACCCAAUUCACAAUGUCGGCCAAACCUCGAACUACCGUCCCCCAAACCACCACGACCACCUCCACGACCGCGAAACCUAGAUCCUCCAAUGUGGACGCGCAAUCCAUCCUGCAGGGAGUAUGGAACAACUACACCAAGAAGACAUCCCAGCGGACAAAAUUGCUCGACACCUUCAUGGCAUUCCUCGUUGCCGUCGGCGUGCUGCAGUUCCUUUACGUGGUGAUAGUUGGCAACUUUCCUUUCAACGCCUUCCUCGCCGGCUUCAGCGCGACAGUUGGCCAGUUCGUCCUCACAGCUUCGCUCCGCAUGCAGACAAACCCAGAGAAUAAGGUGGAGUUUGAGAGCAUCUCGCAUGAGCGGGCAUUUGCGGAUUUCGUGUUUGGCUCGUUACUGUUGCACUUUUUCUGUGUCAACUUCAUCAACUGAGGGGCUGGGGGGAGAUUGGAAGAGCAACGGAUCAUCAUACUGGAAUAGAAAUGUGUGGAUCAAACGAGGAAGAGAUGUGUGAGGCGUUUCAAGGCGCAUAGAUGGAGACACUCAGAAGCUUUGGGCGAUAUCAAGACAGAUUUGGCGGCUUCAUUGAGAUGCUGAAGAUUUUGUAUAGUUAUGUACACGUCCCCGAAUGUGAUACAUCCGUAUAUGCUUGACCAAUUCUCAGAUCGACGUUCGACCAACCUCGCAGACCAGUACACGAAUUUUACCAUGACACC